AGUCAUCUUAGAUUUAAAAAUCUAGUCAAUUUCCAUGCUUCAUUUCUGACUGUAUCACUAUAAGGCAUAAGAAUAAUACGAAUAUAAACAUGAUAUGAUAUGUAUAUUCUUCCGCGUUUGCUGUUGUCUCACUCUAGUUUCGUAGUUUAUUAGGCAGACAGGAUUUAAAUGAGCUAGCAGUAAACACGAAACAAUACAUGGCAGAACGUUUAUAUUCAUAUUAUUCUUGUGGUGAAGAGAAUGCUGCAUGUGAUUCACAAUUCAUAAAAGUUCCUAUUAGCAACCAUCUCUUCUCACAAAUUGGAAAAAAUUCAGAACAUAGAGUUCGCCAUAUUGACAAACAUCCAUCCGCGUGUGUGUGCUCGAGUGUAUACGUGCCCUUUUUUCCCCCUAAGGUCCUUCAUUCCUGUGCAGAUGAGCUAUGUGGCAGAAAUGCAAUGAAAUAUGAAGCUGUUAAGGCAUCAACUGACUGGACAGCAGAAGAACACAGUUGUAUCUGUAAUGAAAUAAAGAAAUUAUUUUCAGAAGUUGUUGGUAAUUCACUUGGAAAUGAAAUGGUACUUGCAAAUGCACCAGAGUUGGAUGCGUCCCAUCGGAAGUGUCUUCUAGAUUGCUUAGACAUACACAGGAAAGAUAUCAAGAGAACUUUAAUUGCAGAUUUAGCUUCCAUAUCAGGCCCAGUACUGAAGGAUUUUGACUGGAAACUAAAGUGGGUCAUGGGCAGCAGCAAGAUGUCAUCCUUAAGAGAACCUCUGCUGCAAAUGGAUUUCCACCUUUCUCAAGGUAAAUCACAAGGUGAAAUGAGCAAUAAUACCGUGAAUGUUGAAAUGGACAGAAAUGAACUGAAGAAUCUUUUAUCUUCAUUGGAAAGGGCUCAGGAAGCAGUAAAAAAUUUGCAUAAUUGAAUAUGUUUGUGAUCAGUUUAUUUAUGAAAUAAAAGUGAAAUGUGAAUGUA